CCAACAACAACACCAGCCAGCCAGGGGCACGACGUAGGAGGUGGCGGCAGCGGCGGCGGUUGGAACGUUCCUCCCUCCUCCUCCUCGCGCCUCGGCCCCCCCAUCGGCCGUCUGCGCGCGCGUGCGCAGAGCGAAAGGCCGCGGCGCCCCUCAGGAAGCCUCCCCCCUCCCGGCUCGUCUCCCUCAGGGCCGCUGAGGAGGCGGGAAGGCGAUCGCGAGGGGCGGCCGAGGAGGUGGGUUAGGGGCGCCCAGGAAGGCCCCUCACCGGAGGGCGGGCGGGCAGGCCGCGGCGGCGCCUCUGCUGCUGCUGCCGCCACCGCCGCCGCCCGACACGGGGUCCCGGCCGAGGCCCAGGUGCAUGCUGGAGACAGUUCUUGGCCCACUGACUGGCAAGAUUAUUUGGUCUUGGAAGUAAAAGCUGUACCAAAUGGACAGUAUGUCUAUUACUAACACACCAACAAGUAAUGAUGCUUGUCUGAGCAUUGUUCACAGUUUGAUGUGCCAUCGACAAGGAGGGGAGAGUGAAACAUUUGCAAAGCGAGCAAUUGAAAGCUUAGUAAAGAAACUGAAGGAGAAAAAAGAUGAAUUGGAUUCUUUGAUUACAGCUAUAACUACAAAUGGAGCUCAUCCUAGCAAGUGUGUUACAAUUCAGAGAACGUUGGAUGGAAGACUUCAGGUGGCUGGUCGUAAGGGGUUUCCUCAUGUAAUUUAUGCACGGCUAUGGAGGUGGCCUGAUCUUCACAAAAACGAACUCAAACAUGUCAAAUAUUGUCAGUAUGCUUUUGACUUGAAGUGUGAUAGUGUCUGCGUGAAUCCAUAUCAUUAUGAGCGUGUUGUAUCACCCGGCAUUGAUCUUUCAGGAUUGACACUGCAGAGUUCAGCACCCUCAAGCAUGUUGGUGAAAGAUGAAUAUGUUCAUGAAUUUGAGGGGCAGACAUCGCUGUCAACUGCUGAAGGCCAUUCAGUUCAGACUAUCCAACAUCCGCCUAGUAACAGGGCAUCUACUGAAACCUACAGCACCCCAUCCAUGUUAGCUCCUUCUGAGUCUAGCACCACCAGCACCACCAACUUUCCCAACAUUCCUGUCGCUUCCACAAGUCAACCCCCCAGUAUGCUGCCAGGUAGCCACAGUGAUGGACUUUUGCAGAUUGCUUCAGGGCCUCAGCCAGGGACACAGCAGAAUGGCUUUACAGCUCAGCCAGCUACUUACCACCACAACAGUACAACAACUUGGACUGGGAGUCGAACUGCCGCCUAUGCACCUACCAUCCCUCACCAUCAGAAUGGGCAUCUUCAGCACCACCCACCGAUGCCCCACCCUGGACAUUACUGGCCAGUUCAUAAUGAACUUGCAUUCCAGCCACCUAUAUCAAACCACCCUGCUCCAGAAUACUGGUGUUCAAUUGCCUAUUUUGAGAUGGAUGUCCAAGUUGGCGAAACAUUUAAAGUACCUUCAAGCUGCCCAAUUGUUACAGUUGAUGGAUAUGUGGACCCUUCAGGUGGCGACCGCUUUUGCCUCGGUCAGCUCUCCAACGUUCAUAGAACAGAAGCCAUUGAGAGAGCGAGGUUGCAUAUAGGCAAAGGUGUGCAGCUGGAAUGCAAAGGUGAAGGUGACGUGUGGGUUCGGUGCCUCAGUGAUCAUGCGGUCUUUGUUCAGAGUUACUACCUAGAUCGGGAAGCAGGGCGUGCGCCAGGCGAUGCAGUCCACAAAAUUUAUCCAAGUGCAUAUAUAAAGGUGUUUGAUUUGCGUCAGUGUCACCGUCAGAUGCAACAGCAGGCUGCUACAGCACAGGCUGCAGCUGCUGCUCAAGCUGCUGCAGUUGCAGGAAAUAUUCCUGGGCCAGGAUCUGUAGGAGGAAUCGCUCCAGCCAUCAGUUUGUCGGCUGCAGCUGGAAUUGGCGUGGAUGACCUUCGCCGCCUGUGCAUCCUCAGGAUGAGCUUUGUCAAAGGUUGGGGACCUGAUUACCCGAGGCAGAGCAUUAAGGAGACGCCGUGUUGGAUAGAAAUCCACCUGCACCGGGCCCUGCAGCUCCUAGACGAAGUUCUCCAUACCAUGCCUAUUGCAGACCCCCAGCCCCUAGACUGAGACCUCGCUGCUGUUCUUAGCUGUUAUAGAGUGAGGAUGGCGGAUUGUAAAAUACAAUUUUAUUAACCGGAAGAUAUAUUUUGCUUCCGUUCUGCUUAAUCUUUUAACCAGGUUUUAAAGAGAAAAUGUCUUUGCCACCUUGCUCUCAGCAGAAUAAAUAAAUAAAUCAGAACCUGCAGGAAUUCUGAAUAGUUUCACACCUCCGGGCUUGUUCUGUAGUUGUGGGAAGCUGACGCCAAGGAGCAAAGUUUUGAUUGUGGUCUUGGCGUGAUCCCUGCUGUGCUUAGGCCUUGGAAAUCUCACUUGGCUUGAUUAAGGGAACCCCCCUCCCCUGCUCCAUUCUCUUGGCAGCAUGGAUUUUGGGGGGCUCCGCUUAAGCACUUAUUCAGCCUGCCCCUUAGCUAGAUCCACCCCAAAUGAGCAAAAUCAUGUUGAUUAUUCUAAAGGGAUGGUUUCUGGUGCUGCACUUUGCUACAGCACUGGGGCACGUCUCAUAGCAAGGUUCUGUAUGUGAAAUAUUUAUGUACACAUAAUCAUUUGAAACACACUAGAAAUGGAUGGGCUUCGAAGCUGGCACUAAAUGUAAAUGCAACAUAAAAUAUUCAGCAAGGAGAACUGCCAGCUAAAUUAUGUAACCAGUGUGCAAUGAUACAUAUUUUCAUUACUAUUCCCAACUGAUUUCCGCUACAGUGAAAAGGCUGUAAAACCUGGACAGUUGAGAUAGCAUUAAUAUGUGUUUUACUGCACUUGGAGUGCCAUUUCAAAACCUCAUAAUCAUGUUGAUGGUUGCAUCGCCAAGAAUCCAGAUUUUAUAUUUUUUAACAUUUCUACUCAGGGCAAGAUGGCAAACUUGUUUUUAUACCUCUUGGUUAUUUUAAGCUCUUUAUCCCAUCAAUGAUUUUAUCUAUUUGCAUUGACUUUGUAUAGAGAAUUUCAGGUAGAAGUUGCAAAUGUAUUGGCUGUAUGACAGAUGCAAUAUUAUGCUUUCUCUAGUUAAUAAAACUACUGGAAAAAAACUCUCAGAACUCUGAUAGAAAUUUAUCGAUAGUUUUUGUAAGUAUUUUCCUACGUUUUGAAUCCUUUCAUCUGGAGUCCUGGAUAAAGUUUCUGCCUGAAAAUUCUGCAGGAAGCAAUGGGAGCGAUUCUCUCCACUUUCCGGCUUGCUUUCAAACCCUGUGGUGUCAGCUGUCUUUCCCCUUUACGUAGAUCCAGUAUUAUAAGAACAAACGGUGGCAGGAAUGGGCACUGGCAGUUCCCAUAGCUAGCAGGCAUACAGAACAGUGAGGAGCACAUCUGGCCUGCAGCAUCUCUCCCCUAUGCCCAGCCCAGCUCCUGGUAUCUAAGUCUCCUGCCUGUAUUAGUCUCCCUCCUCAAUUCAGCCUGACUUAUUUUCUGCCUCGCCCUCCAGUUUUCUAUGAAACCAAAGGAUUAUAAAACUUCUGAUCAUCUGAAAAGGUGUCCUGAUUAAUCAGGCAACUUUUUAAUUUUAUUUUAAAGUUAAUAAUUGUCAGUAUAAGUGCGUACAUAGAACUGUAGGUGGCAACCUCCAAUUUUAGUGGAGGCGUCCCUCUCCCCUGCUGCCUGAAAAAGGAGUGCUCUGUAAGAUGGUGCCUGUUUUUAUAACCUAAAGACAAAGCAUGGUUUCUCUUCAAAACUAUGUUAUUCCUAUGCAAACGUAUGCAGACUUAAUUGAGUAAUCAAUUAAAAGCCAUACCAUUAAUCAACGAAAGAGUUCUUUAAAUGAGCGACAGCCCCAAUGGAAGUUAAGUAAUUUUAUGUACUCAGCAUUUUUUAUUCUUCAUGUAGAAUUUCUUCCCCGCCCCCACGCUUAAGCAAAAAAAAUACAGCUUUGCAUCUUGUGGGUGGGGUGUGGGUGUUUGAAACUUUGCAAUUCCUGGAAGAGAAUUUUUUGCCCUGCUCUUAAAUGUUGAACUGAAACACAGGGGCUAAAGCAGGCUCAGCAGAAUGGUUAACCCGGCCCCAAAUGUAGCCUCUGAAUGAGUUAGUCAUCAGUGUAGGGCCUGACAAGCACACCAGGGCAUCAGAGUGGAGGGCAGCUGGAACCCAAUGUGUGCUAGAGCUUUUCCAAGUCUGUAAAUAGUGCAAGAAGCAUCAAAGCAGUCAGACAGGUUUUCCUAGGCGAGUCUCACUUCAGAGAUGCAAAUGUACCAGUUGCCUUGGCUUUCUUUCAAAAAAAGCAUGGGAGGCCUUGUGGGGAGAGAGUGUGUGAGUGCCAGAUUUUGCUCCCCUCCCAAGUCUAUCCUCUGUAUACAUCUUGGGCUACUUUGAAUGGUCAGUGAUGGAAGGAGAACCCUGUGUAGCCCCAGUUCCAAUUUAUGUAAAAAAAAAGGGGGGGGAGCCAAACAAUUUCUUCCAACCUGGAGACUAUGUAUAUCAUGAAAGCCCAGAAUUGUGUGAAGAAAAAUGGAAUGCUUCAAACUGUACGAAUUAUAGAAAUAAAGCAAAUUUGCAUACUU